AUGCCUACAUUGGUUCCGCUGUGGUCGUUAUGUGAUCACGGAGAGUUUGAAGUCAUACCUUUUAAAGAGGGAGGUUGUUCGGCCUGUAAAGAACAAGGAUUAAAAAGAUUUAAUGCCGUAAAAUCAGGAAAUUACAAAUUUAUUACAUUCGGCAAGCAAAAGGCUUCAUCAUCUUCCUCCAAUUACCGAGGAGAUGUGCUGUGGUGGUACUCUGAAAAGGAUCAUUCUUCUUCCUCGCAGAAAAAGAAAAAGAAGAACGUUGCUACCUCAAUUCCACAAGAUGCGAAAGGAACCAUUCAAGUAUUAGAUCAAAAUGUAAAACUGAUUGAUGAGGAUCGACUCACGGAUAUUCUUGAAGUCACGGAAAGACAUGAAAAGCCUCACUUUUACUCAACAUCUUUGAACGAAUUUUGGUCCAUGAUUUACCACUAUGGCUCGAUCGAAGAGUGUUUAAAGCAUGUGGAGGAAGCUGAGUGGGAAGGAAGUGAUGACGACGAGGAGGAAAGGGCCACUCGAGGUGCAUUUGCCGAUUUAUUUAGCUCAAUGAUGGGCGGUUAUGGUAUGGGCGACAGUGAUGAAGAAGAUGAAUAUUACGACGAAGAUGAAUACGAUGACGAUGAAUACUUUGAAGAUGAUGAUGAUUAUGAUGAAGAUGAAGAUGAAUAUUACGAUGAAGAGGAUGAAGAGGACGAAGAUGAAGAAGAGGAUGAAGAGGACGAGGAAUUUGAUGACUUUGGUUACGACAUUAGCAAAAUGCAUCCCGAAGACAGAGCACACAUGAGAAAAUUACUCAACCCAAAGACUUACAUGCAAUCUCCUGAGAGCGAUCGACCUUACAAUCAUCCCGAGUGGCUUAAUUUCUUUUACCAAAAUUCUGUUCUGAAAAACACAAUGGAAAACACGAGCAGAAAAUCCAGUACAGCACCCAAGCAAAAACAAAGUAAGAAGGAUGCAGAAAAAGAACGUCAACAAGCUGAAAAGGAGUUAUUCGAUCUACUUGAGAAGGAGGAAAGGGAAAAGAAGCAGAAACAAAAGCAGCAACAACAACAACAACCUUCAAAGAAGAGUAAGAAGAAGAGUCAACAACCACAACAGCAGCAACAAGCUCAGAAACAAAAUCAAAAACAACAACCUCAGCAACCACAACAACAACAGCCAAAAACGUCACCUCAAAAGGAGCAAAAACAACCUCAACAACAACAAAAACCUCAGGCCACCACUCAACAACAACAACCCAACAAUAAGAAUGGUCAACAAGGAUCAUCAAAAAAGAAGAAGAAAAAGCAUUAA